AACAAAUGUGUUUUGAUGGGGGAAAUGAUAGAAACAAAUGGUCCUGUAGUAUUUAUUGACCAAUCGGCUGUCUGGAAGGAAAUGGGAAAAAACAGCCUGAAGAGGAGCGCGCCUCGCCUGUGACUGAGCACAGAGAGGACGUACAUCUGCGACGAUAGAAGCGGAGGGCCGAUUAUCAGACUGAAAGAACGCAGUGAUAUUCUGUUGUACAGACGAUAUUUAGGGCAACUGGAUUUCUAUCCAUUCCGAAAUGAGUGUGAUUCAGGCGGGGCACGAAGGGAGGGUGGAUGGUGGCGGCGGCUCCCCGAGGCUCCAACCGCGCGCUCAGCCUCCCAACAGCAGCAGCAGCAGCCGGUCCAAGGAUCCCAGAUAUCAGCAGCAGAGGCAUCAUGGUGGGUCGAUGCUGAAACAACCAUCCCAGAAUGAGCCAGCUGAUGCCGUGAGGCGGGCGUUGGACUUUAAGAGCCAGGGCACCCAGUGCUACAAGGAUAAAAAAUACCGAGAGGCGAUCGGCAAAUACCACCGCGCUCUGCUGGAGAUCAAGGGACUGUGCAGGGUGCUGGGGGAACCGGACGCCAGCUCCAAGUCCCCGUCCCCCAUCCUGCCGUCCAUCAGCAGGUCCACCACGCUGACAGAUGAACAGAAAGGGGCGAUGGAAAAUGCAGAGCUGGAGUGUUACAACAGUCUGGCCGCUUGUCUUCUGCAAAUGGAGCUGGUGAACUAUGAACGAGUGAAGGAAUACUGCCUCAAAGUCCUGCACAAAGAAGGAAAGAACUUCAAAGCUCUUUACAGAUCUGGUGUGGCCUAUUAUCAUCUUGGAGACUUCCAGAAGGCCCUGUACUACCUAAAGGAGUCACACAAACAGGAGCCAUCAGACACGAAUGCGAUUCGCUACAUCCAGCUGACGGAGAUGAAGAUUCGCCGAAAUGCCCCAAGGGAAAAGAAAGAUGCAACAUAAGUGCUCACUUCCUGAAGACUUCUAACUUAUAAGUUUCAGACUUACCUUGUGCCACCCAGACUUUAAAGGCCACAAAUCAAAGGCCCUGUUGUGAAACUAUAUUUGUUUGCUUUAGCCUUGCACAGCCAAUUAUGUUAUUGAACUGUAUUUAUGUGCACUUAGUGUAUUUUUUGUUUGUUCCUUGUGAAAAAAAACCCACUCCAGACAGUGAGUUUCCCACUGAAAUAGAGAUACAAAACUUUUGCCUUGCCAAGUAAGUCACAAGUUCACUUUUUUGUGUAGAGUUUGUGUUCUUCUCAUGCACUUGUGGGAUUAUUGCUUUGUGCUCCUGUUUCCUACCACAGAUCUAUAACAUGCAUGUUAGGUUCAUUCAUAAUUCUAAAUUGUCACUAGGGAGCAUUGAUGGUUGUUUAUCUAAUUUGUCUCUAUGGCUAUGUUCACACUACACGUCUUAUUGCUCAGCUCCGAUUUUUUGCUCAAAUCAGAUAUUUUUGCAUGGACGUUCACAUUAUAUUUUCGAUGUGACUUCCAUCAGACUCCAGAUGACAUGACAUUACAUUCAGCUUGCUGUUUCCAGAGGUAAAUAUGGAUGCUACAUGUUAGCAUGCAGAUUCUAAAGUUGUUUAAUCAGAGUCCAGUUAAAUAAUUAUCUGACAUUCUUGUUUAGUUCGCUGUUUACAUUUUAACCUGCCUCUGUAUGGCUGCUCCGGUGCAGCAUGUAUUCAUAGAACAGAAGCAUUGUGCUGAAAAUAACUUUAGUAUCGAUAAGGUCCAAGACCAACAUUAGUAUCACAUGUUUCUGUGAAUUGUCAGUCUUCCAGGAUAUGGAAAAUUAAAAUAAAGCAAUGAAGCAACUGGACGUCUGUUCAGGGUGCCAUGAAAAAUGGUUGAUUAA